UACAUUACCCCCCUGAGUCUAUAAAAAUGACCUUUGACACCAGGCUUAUGACAGUGACAUGUUUUUGAAACCUUUGUUGUUUUGCAAUGAAUAGUUAAGUCUGCACAGCCAACCGACGGCACAACCAACAGUUGAGAAGAGCACAUUAUUGCUCUUAACAAAAUCACACUGGCAAACCUUCUCUUGGAUACGUAUUUGUUUCUGUAAUAACUAUGAUAUCACAGUCCAGUAGAGAGUUUCUUAUCCGGAUAGCCGGGUAUUGGAAACCUCUUUUCAAAGGCAGAUUUCUUAUAGUCACCAACACAGUGAGUUGUGGGGGUAUGCUUGCUGCCGGGGAUUUACUUCAACAAGCCAGGGAGAGGAGAAUAAUCCCGGAUAGACCUCGCGACUGGACGCGCACAGGUUACAUGUUUGCCGUGGGAUGCUCCAUGGGUCCAUUCAUGCACUUUUGGUACGGAUGGUUAGAUAAAGUCUUCGUUGGCAACGCCUUGCCAGCUGUCAGCAAGAAAGUUCUGACCGACCAGCUGGUGGCAUCACCCACCAUGGGGUUGUGGUAUUUUGUUGGCAUGGGAGUUAUGGAAGGAGGUACUGUGUCAGAAGGAUGUCAGGAAUUCAAGGGAAAGUUCUGGGAGUUCUACAAGGCAGAUUGGUGUGUUUGGCCUGCUGCUCAGAUGAUCAAUUUCUACUUCCUGCCUGCAAAGUACCGUGUUAUCUAUGUAAACAUCAUUACCCUGGGAUGGGACACCUACCUGUCGUACCUGAAACACAGAGAGUCUGUCCAGGCAGCAGAGGAGACGGGUGAGGAGACGCAAGAUAUGACCGUGGAUAAAGAAGCAUUGAUGCCUGUGAAACCACUGACUGAAGAGCUUUAGAUGGCUUCAGUUU